AUGACGACGUGGGUGCAGCCAGAAAAAUUGCCGGACGCGCCGCUGGUGCUCUACAACACGCUCACGCGGUCCAAGGUGCCGUUUGUGCCCAGCUCCGGCGACGAGGUCACCUGGUACAGCUGCGGGCCGACCGUGUACAACUCGUCGCACAUGGGCCACGCCCGGAACUACGUGACCAUAGACAUUAAUCGCCGCAUUUUGCAGGACUAUUUUGGGUACAACGUCAAGUUUGUGCAGAAUGUGACCGACAUCGACGACAAGAUCAUCAUCAAGGCCAGACAGGAGCAUCUGUUUGGCGAGUUUGUGCGCAAGCACGGCUCCGUGGACUCCCAGUUGCGCGAGACGGCGCAGCGCGCGCUGGAGGCGUACGUGGCGGCGAACCUGCCGGAGUACGACGGCGCCGUGCCCCUCGACGAGUGGGCGCGCUCGCUCGACCUGGCAGCGCUCGGUCUGCAGAAGCCCAAGCUGCCGAUGCACGUGAAGGCGUGCGUGGCCGCCAGCGAGGCCAUUGCCCGCGAGACCGACCUGGCGGCGUUCCUGGAGCACACCAAGGACGUGAUUGUGCCCGAGCUCGACAGAGAGCUCGGCCACACCGUCACGGACCCGGAGAUCUUCAAGGCGUGCUCGUCGUUCUGGGAGCACAAGUACGACGAGGACAUGGCCGCGCUGAACGUGCUGCCGCCGACGAUCGUGACGCGCGUGUCGGAGUACGUGCCCGAGAUCGUGGCGUUUGUGCAGCGGAUCAUCGACAAGGGCUAUGCGUACGCCACGAGCGACGGGUCGGUGUACUUCAACGUGGCGAAGUUCGACAAGGACCCGGCGCACGAGUACGCCAAGCUUCAGCCGUGGUCGAAGGGCAACCUGGAGCUGCUCGAGGACGGCGAAGGGUCGCUGUCGGCGGCGCAGGGCAAGCUGAACGCGUCCGACUUCGCGCUGUGGAAGGCGUCCAAGGCGGGCGAGCCUUCGUGGCCGUCGCCGUGGGGGCCUGGCCGCCCCGGCUGGCACAUCGAGUGCUCGGUCAUGGCGGCCGAUUUCGUCGGCGACAAGCUCGACAUCCACUCGGGCGGCAUCGACCUUGCGUUCCCGCACCACGACAACGAGCUGGCGCAGAGCGAGGCCCACUACGACUGCAGGCAGUGGGUCAACUACUUCCUGCACACGGGGCAUCUGCACAUAGAAGGCCAGAAAAUGUCCAAGUCGCUGAAGAACUUCAUCACCAUCGAGGAGGCGCUGGCCCGGUACUCUGCGCGGCAGCUGCGGCUGUGUUUUGCGCUGGUGCAGUGGAACAACGCGCUGGACUUCAAGGAGAGCUUGUUGAACGAGGUGCGGUCGACGGAGUCUACGCUCAGCAAGUUCUUCAAGAACGUGCGGGCGCUCAAGGCCGACACCGACCACCGCCUGCGCGCGGGCGAGGUGAUCUCGAAGAAAUACGGGGAGCUCGAGAAGCGGCUCGUUGCGGACCUCGCGCAGUGCAAGAAGAACGUGCACGCGGCGUUCUGCGACAACCUGGCCACGCCGCAGGCGCUGCGUGCGCUGCUGGAGCUCGUCAACAGCGCCAACAGCUACAUCGGCGCGGUCGGCGCAGAUCUGCGCGUCGAGCCGCUCGUCCAGUGCGCGCUGUACAUCACGCGGAUCCUGCGUGUGCUCGGUUUCGACACGAGAAAGGACGGCCUUGGCUGGGAGGACGAGCAGGCCUCAGCCGGCUCGGGCAACCUGGAGGAGGCGCUCAUGCCGUACCUAAAAGUGCUGUCGAACUUCCGGGACCUGGUGCGCAGCUCGGCGAUCGCCAAGGCAGACUACAAGGUGUUUUUGGACGCCACCGACACGCUCAGAGACAAGGACUUGCUCCAGCUGAACGUUUCUCUGGACGACCGUGCUGGUCAAGGAGCCCUGAUCAAGUUUUUAAACGAGAGCGAAAAACAGGAGCUGCUGAGACAGCAGGCGGAGAAAGAGCAACAGCAGCUGGAGAAGGAGAGGCGGCGGCUGGAACAGCUGCGGCUGAAGGAGGAGAAGGAGAAGGAAAGGCUGGCCAAGGCGAAGAUCGACCCGGCAGAGAUGUUCAAGACCGGGGAGUACAGAAAGAUAUACUCCGAAUGGGACGAGAACGGGCUGCCAGUGAAGCUUGCGAGCGGGGAAGAGGUGACCAAGAGCGCCAGGAAGAAGCUGGCGAAACAGCAGGAGCAGCAGCGUCGGCUGUUCGAGGCCCAUAGGUAA